AUGACAACCACAUCUCAAUUGAUGGGGGACACAAAAAUCUCUUUCACUGAGGAUGUUGGUGCCCGUUUUGAGGCCCUUGAUUGGCAUGUAAUCUGGCUGAAGAAUGGUAACACUGGUUAUGAUGAGAUUCGAUUCGUGCUGCCAUUAAGAAAGCAAAGGCAGUCACAGACAAACCCACUACGAUCAAGGCUAAUUAAUUAUAUCCUCAAAUUUCAAGAUUCAACAGCUCUAUUCAAAGGAAGGAAAAGAACAAUGGGUGCUGUUAAACUGCAACUUCCGUUGCCAAAAAAUGUCGAUGGGGUCACUAUGGAUCCAAAUCCUGAUUGUACCUUCGAUGCUUUAUUGGUCGAGCUCAGUUCGAUAGAGAAGAAGCUCAAUGCAUCAUCAAAAUUUACCAAAAUAGAAUCUUUCCAACUCUCGGCUUCAAAGGAUAAUUCUCAGAGAGCCUUUGUGUUGGAUUAUGGGUCAUGGAAAUGGCUGAACAGGUACAAACUCAAAUCACUCCAAGUGAGAGUUCUGGAUGUCAAGCAAAGAAAUAAAGUGGAGGAGCACAUUGCCGAAGGGCAUGUUUUUGAGGUCGUGAGAUCAUACGAAAUGAAUAGGGAAAUACUGCACAACACAGAAGAGAACUUGAAGCUUAUAAUGCUUGAAAAAAAGGUUGAUUCCAUUGCACGUGGAAUCAUUGUAAGUUCUGUGGUUGAUGAUCUCAUACAUGAGUGUGAGGAAUUUCCUACUGCUAAUGCCAUCUGGGCACACUUACGAGGAACGUAUGGGGGUACUUCUGUUACCUUCCUUAGACAACCGACUAUCAAAUUUGACACUUACAAGAAGUGUCAUCAUCAGAACAUCAAACAACACCUUAGGGUCAACUUAACCCACAAUGAUUGCAUCAAAACUUUUUUUGAUGUUGCACGUCAUGUUGAACUUGAAGAUGAGCGGCUUGGCGCUGUUAAAGCUGCUUCUAAUGCCUUUAUGGCAAAAUCAAGUGUGUCUGAUGAUGAUGUGGAGGAUAUAGACAGGGAUACUAAGAAUGAAGUUGGUGAUCAUUUUCUUAUGGGGGGAAACCGAGUUACUAUUUUGAGGCUUCGCAAAAAGGCUUUUCGCGUUGGCGUCCAGAUCCAGGUAAUAGCAGUCGGCGUUGACGUGGUUCCUACCUUUCAGUGCUGGUUUAGAGCGGGGGUGACAGAAAAUGCUCAAAAGCUGGAGGAGAAAAGAUUGACCAUUUACAAUGAAAUAGCUGAGCAGAAUGAAACACUGGGAUUGGGUUCAAACAAAGCUUAUCGAAAAUUUGAAAUGGAAAUAGCUAGACGAAUCAAAACUAUUACUGGUUCAAAAGAAAGUGUCAGAGUGAAAACAGUUGAAUUAAUUAAGCUAAUUAGUGAUUCGACAUGUCCACAAUCCAUCAGCAUUGCAAUGAACUUUAACAGUGCUGUUUAUGCUUAUGGUCGUGUAAUUGUCCAUGUUACAUCAAAGGUUCCUCUUGCCAUGGAUAUUCUCAUAGCCGAGUUGAACAAAGUUUGCAUUUUCACAGUUCCUAAGUACAUUGUUUACUCAGAGGCAGCCUUCCAGAGUAAAGAAGCUUAUUACAAAGCUAUUGGCUAUGCAUAG